UCCAGUUCAGACAACACAUUCGCUACUGCGUUCGUCGGCGUAAAAAAACUAUUUUGCAGUGAGUCGGUUCUGCCGGAUAAAGCAAAAGAAUGCUUCCAUCGCGCGCUCAGCUACUGGGACGUUUGCUACAGCGCGCCGUUGCAUCCCGCGGUACAGCAAUCGUUUCUAAACAGAUCAUCCGUCGAAGUCACGAUGUUUCAUACCGGGUGAACGGUCCAACGCCGUCUUUGGCGGCCCGCGCCGGAGCUCAAUUUGCCGGAGGUUUAAUGUGGUGGUGGGUCCUUUGGCAUCUGUUCCACGAAUACGAACACAUUACGGGAGAGUUUGAUUAUCCUGACCCGUCGGCUUGGACCAAUGCUGAGCUGGGAAUCCCACCUGAUGAUUACGAGGAAUAAGUGGUCUAAAUUUUAUUAUUUUCUAGGCAAAAGCAAAUUAAUGAAUUCAUCUGCUUGUAACAAGUGUUGGUUGUAAAUAAAAGCUGUGAAGGAGCAGCAAGAAAGAUGCUUAAA